AUGAAACGCAUAUUGGGCAAAGUGAAGAGGCCAGGUUCUAGCAGCCCCUCGAAUUAUCCGGAAGACUCGCCUGAGGGCAUGAUAAUUAGAGAAGUGAGCGCCUUUUGCGAAUCUGGAGGUCCCAACGGUACAAAUGGAGAUGAAUUCGUGCAUCUUCCAGCGAUUGUCGAAACUGCAGAGUGCAGCCCGAAUGCCGCCAAAGAGGCCGCCUAUCGCAUUCGCAAGUAUCUAGGCAGCCCGACCAGCCCGCAUGCCUACGUUCAAUACAAUGCCAUUAUGCUCCUUCGCAUUCUUGUCGACAACCCAGGUCAUACCUUCACGCGCAAUAUCGACGCCAAAUUCGUGUCUACCGUGAGGGGUAUUGUGCGAGAUGGGAGGGACAUGAAUGUGCAGCGCUUCCUUUGCGAGACGUUGGAGGCUCUCGAGGCUCGGCGGUCGUGGGAUGAGGAUCUUGGUCCGCUUCUGGAAAUGUGGAAGAAAGAGAAAGGUUCACUUCGAGGAAAAGCGAAUGUUCCAUACUGGCCAUCGCCAUCGCAGCCUCCGCAGGUUCCACCGCAUCCACGGCAGUCAGAACAGCCAGGAAGACAGAACUAUUUCGCUGUUUCCCAAGCAAGCGCUGCAUUGCCGCAACCAGAUGAACUGGCUGCUCGUAUCGCCGAGGCCAAAACCUCUGCUAAGCUGCUCUUGCAAUUCGUCCAGUCAACGCCUCCUGCCGAUAUUGCGGAGAACGAAUUGAUUAAGGAAUUCUCUGACCGAUGCCGGUCGGCAUCCCGCUCCGUGCAGGAGUAUAUCCAUGCAACGAAUCCGGCACCCGACGAAGACACACUUAUGACGCUCAUCGAGACAAACGACGAACUAUCUGUAUCCCUGUCCAAAUAUCAGCAUUCGCUCCUUGGCGCACGCAAGGCUGUGGGCAGUUCGACGGCUUCUUCGUCGUCCGAGGCCACUGCGUCGGGCGCGCGACCGGUGCCUGCGCCUGCAACUGAAUCCCCUGCUCCCCGGCGGCAGACGCAGGAUGCACCGUCACCGGUUUCUACAUUGUCUGACCAGGACAAUUCCAUUUCUCGCUAUGGCAGCGUUGUGAGCAAUGGUACCUCCAGUCGAUCUGAGUAUCGCUCGGAAGAUUACCAGGUUCAGAACCCCUUCGCAGAUAGUAAUACUUAUACCAUUCCGGAGCACGCUGUAAGCCAUCAUACAACAACAAGCCCGGUGGAUGGAUGGUCAAACGGUGCUAUUAAUGACAUACAGAAUGUCUCUCGCCGGGAGGUGUGA